UUUAACAGGAGGAAAGAAGACCUCCAGAAGUUUGUGAUUGACUAUAAACCUGAGAGUUCUAAGGUGGAACAGCUCAGGGUUCUGAUCUACGGACCAGUCGGAGCUGGAAAGUCCAGCUUCAUCAACUCUGUCAUAACUGCGAUCCGUGGCCAGAGUUAUAUUAAAGCUGCAGCCAAUUCUGCUGGAACAGACACAAAGAGCUUCACCGUAGAGUACAAGGCUCAUAAAAUCAAAAAACAAGGAGGUCAUCUCCCCAUCGUCUUCAGUGACAUCAUGGGGUUGGAGGACGGUGAGGACAUCGGUGUCCGAGCUGAAGACAUUCAACUGGCCAUGGAGGGACAUGUGAAGGAGGGUUACAAGUUCCACCCUGGAGCUACACUGUCAAAGAAGGACCAGUACUAUAACCCCUCUCCAACCCUAGAUGACCAGGUUCAUGUGUUGGUUUGUCUCCUCAAUGUCAACUCACCAAACAUUAGCCCCUCAGUCAUUAAGAAGAUGAAGGCCAUCAGAGAAACAGCCAGAGAUCUGGGGAUUCCACAGAUAGCCAUUGGAACCCACAUUGAUGAAUGCUGUGACGAAAUCGAGAAGGAUGUGAAGGACGUCUACAAGAGCAAAUAUCUGAAGAAAAAGAUGACAGAGUUCAGCAACGCUGUGGGAAUCCCUCUGAGCUGCAUCUUCCCAGUGAAGAACUACAGCGAUGACUCUGAACCAGAUGAUGACAUGGACAUACUCAUCCUCACUGCAGUGAAACAAAUCUUAAACUUUGGAGAUGACUUUCUUGAUGACAUGACAUGAAACAUUUUGUAACAGAACUUGGUCCAUUUUUACAGUAAAUGUGUCUGAGUUAGUGUGUUCACCUUUUCUACAUCUGUUCUUCCACA